UCCGCUGUGUAGGCUGUUUCGCCUGCUCCGCUCGCAUCUCCCCCCUCCGAUCUUCUAUUUCGACUAUCUGCGAGCAAGCAGCCAAGAUGGAAAUUGUAAACCAGUUAGUUGCCAAUGGACAGUUCAGAGUGCUCAAAGUGCCCCUGGGCUUCAUCAAAGUCCUGGAGUGGGUGUUUGCCAUCUUUGCGUUUUCCACCUGUGGGAGCUACUCAGGCAUGUUUCGCAUGAGUGUGGAGUGCAGAAACAGAUCAGAGAGUAACCUGAAAAUAGACGUGGACUUUGAAUACCCCUUCAGGCUCCACCAAGUCUAUUUUGACGCUCCUUCCUGCAAGCGAGGCCAAACUGAUCGUUAUUUCCUCGUGGGCGACUACUCCUCCUCCGCUGAGUUUUUUGUCACCAUCGGUGUCUUUGCCUUCCUGUACUCCACGGCAGCUCUUAGCAUCUAUAUCUUUGCCUUCGAGAAAUACCGCGAGAACAACAAGGGCCCGUUGAUCGACUUUGGUGUGACGUGUGUGUUCACCUUCAUGUGGCUGGUGAGCUCGGCAGCUUGGGCGAAGGGAUUGUCAGAUGUGAAGACGGCCACGGACCCGGAGAAGGUGCUGGAGCUCAUCACGGCCUGUGAGGAUGAGAGCAACCGCUGCCGCGAAGUUCACGACCCUGUCAUGUCUGGCCUUAACACCUCUGUGGUCUUUGGCUUCCUGAACCUGUUUGUGUGGGCAGGCAAUCUGUGGUUCGUGUUUAAGGAGACCGGCAUCAUCGCCCCUUUCAUGCGCCCCCCACCUGCCCAGGAGAAGCAGCCGGCCCCCGAAUCCUAUGGCCAGCAGGGCUAUGGCCAGCAGGACCCCUACGCUGGUUCCCAGGGGGGUUACCAGCCCGAGUACAGUCAGCAGGGUUACAACCAGGGGGGAAACUACGGGCAGGGCGGCUACAACCAGCAGGGCGGCUACAACCAGCAGGGGGCGCCCACCUCCUUUUCCAACCAGAUGUGAGGAAGGAGAAGAGGAAGAGGCGGAUGGAGGCUGAAAGAGGGUGAUCGUGUGAUUAAUGGAGUGUGGUGCCUGAACCCUACCCAUACACCCACACUCUUCCCUUUCUGUCUGUUUGUGCAUAUGUCUGUGGACGAAAAGUUGGGGGGAGGGAAGGGGAGGGGGCCAAUAACUACAGAGAGACAGUAGGGCAUAGGGAGAAAGCAAGGGAAAAAUUCAGUGUGCUGUUCAUUAUCGUGAUGUAAAAAAUAAUAAAAAUGAAAAAAAAAGGUAUGAUCAGAUGAAUACACACCAAAAUAUGUAAAAGACAAAAAAAUAUGAUUAUAAAUUAUUGCUAUAUAAAUUUUGAAUUGAUGAUGUUGACAAUAGUAAUGCUAAACUUGAGAGAAUGUAUUUGUCUGUGCUGUAUAAAUAUCAAUAUGAACAAAUAUAUACAAAUAUUUCCUAAAGAUAUGUAUGGGAUUAUUCCACUGUAGUCUAUGUUAUGUUCCGAGAAGUUCACCGGUGACGAAAAUCAUCGCUGAACCCAAAAGGAAGUGGUUCCUUGAGAAUUUUUACCUAUAGUGGUUUGGUACGAGUUACAUAGAUAUUCGCUAAAGUUGUAUCAGAAUUUUAUACGUUCAUCUGUUUCAUUUUGUUUCCGUUUCUAUAAGUUCUCGUUCUUUUUUUUUCUUCUUUUUUUUUCUUUUCAUCGGUGGGAUAGAGCAUUGAUCUGAAUGAGUUUGAGCUUAGAGAGCGGGCCCAGUUCUGCUGUCAGCAAUAGGUUUAUACAUGACCAAACUCAAGGUGGGACCAGAGACAUUUCGCUGACCAGCAAAGCCUUUGUUAAAAGAGUAUUUUACUGUAUUUUUUCUUUCCUUUCAGACUGAGUUUUGUUUCUUCUCUCUGUAAUAUGAGAAGAACGUGUCUAAUACGUUAGCAUGGUUUGAGUAGCUCCUAAUAACUAUGCUUCCUCUACUAUGCCGCUCGAGUGUGUUAGUGCUGUUUCAUGCAAGUGGAUGACUAAAACUCAACUUCUGUUUGUGUAGUGUGGGCACCAGACAGGAAACCAAUCCUGUGUGUUGAGUUGUUGGUAGAUAGAUGUGCCAGUUUCAGUUUCAUCAAUAUUUUACCCUCCUCCCUUUCUACCCCUCCCCCUUUCUCUAUCUCUCUCUCUCUGUCACACACACGUCGAAAAUACGCAUCUCUUUGUAAUCACCAAAAAGAGUUUGAAGCACAAAUCGAUUUAUUAUAGUCUAGUUAUAUUGAAAUAUAUUUGCAAAUAUAUGUAAAUAUAAAUAAAAAUGUACAUGCCAUGCAAAACCUAGUGAUUUAAUUUUUUAUGUUAUACAGCCAAUCUAUGGAAGAUACAGCAUCCAUAUAUGCAUUAGCUGGAGUGAUUAAAAUGCUGACUAACAAAGUGGUGCAAAUAUUUUUUAUGAUUUGAUCAUCCUGUAAAUGCCAGGACAGACAAUUAUUUCUGCUUGACUGGUCACUCAGAAUGCAGAUGUCAAACAUAACUGGUGUUUCAUGAUGACAUAGAUACUUUUGAAAUCAGCUACAACUAUGGAUCAACCUGAAUUGCCCAUUCAAAUGCAACUUCAAAGCAUUUAUCAACUUAAUCGUUAUGUGCCUUAUCUGUAUUUCACCUUUGGUUACCACAUACAGUAAUUCUGACUCAGCAAAAGAACAAAACCCCUCAAAACUUGCUUAGAAUGAAGUUAAUUGGCUACCCAUUGGCUUUCAUUAUAAACAUGUCUAGAGUCAGUGGGUUUUUGUUCAUUUAUGUUAGUUCUGAAAUUACUGUCUGUGGUAAACAGGGCUGACUGUAACCUUUUGUGGACCAACUUGUGUUGGGGGCACCCCAUCUCGCUAGCUGUUGUAGCUGCAAUGACUACCACAAGCUGUCUAAAAUAUGUA